CAUUAGAAUGAGGGCUUUGCUCCUAGAAAAGCGGCCCCUCGUCUCCUCAAACUUCUCGCGCAGCAUCAAUAGUAUCAAAUAAUAAUAAUAAUAUAUUGCACUUCUCCGUCUUGCUUGCUUCGAUUCUCCCCUAACAACCCCCAUUCUCAAGUCAAUUGCAAUCAUGGUUGCGAUCACUCUUCCAGACAACUACGGCUAUAUCCUCGGCCUCACGGUAGGAGCCAUCCCUCUCCUCAACUUCAUCCAUAUAUACAUGGUCGGAAAACACCGCCAGAAGGCUGGUAUCAAGUAUCCCAACGCCUACGCAACUCCUGAGGAAUGCAAGCAGAAUCCCGCCGCCUACAGAUUCAACUGCGCCCAGCGCGCCCACGGUAACUUCCUCGAAAACCUGUCGCUCACGACCCUCUCCAUCCUCGUCUCCGGGAUCAAAUACCCCAACGCCACCAUCGCCCUGGCCAGCUCCUGGAUCAUCAUGCGAACCCUGUACAUGUACGGCUACGUGUAUUCCGACAAGCCAGAUGGGAGGGGCCGAUAUAAGGGCGGGAUGCACACACUUGCGCAGCUUGCGCUCUGGGGACUCAGUGCGUUUGGUGUUGCGGUCCCGAUGAUGAUGGCGGGUAAAUUUUGGGCACGAACGGGGGCGACGAGGGAGAGGAAGAAACGACAAUGCAAAGUCUAUACAGAUAGGAUUUUGAGAAUCCAUCCCUUACCAUUCAGGGGUGAAAUUAAGCUUCCACGCUUAACAAUCCUGUGCAUUAGAAACUCUCCGAGUUUUAUGCCACAGCGGGCAUCGUGCUUCCCCCGCAUAACAACCCCUCCGCCAAACGAGAUGUCUUCAAAAUCCCACAUCCCAUACUCCGUGCGGGCAAGUCGCCACGGGAACCCGCUAGCCAAACGACUGUUCCAAAUAGCGGAAGAAAAGAAAUCAAAUGUCGUGCUCUCCGCUGAUGUGACAACUACGAAAGAAUUGCUGGAUCUCGCUGAUCGUCUGGGCCCCUACAUCACCGUCCUAAAAACCCACAUCGACAUCCUCACCGACCUCACCCCCUCCACCCUCUCCAGCCUCAAAACCCUCGCCACCAAACACCGCUUCCUCCUCUUCGAGGACCGCAAAUUCGUCGACAUCGGCAGCACCGUCCAGAAACAAUACCACGGCGGCUCCCUGCGCAUCUCGGAAUGGGCCCACAUCGUCAACUGCGCCAUGCUCGCCGGACCUGGCAUCGUCGACGCGCUCGCGCAGACCGCCUCGUCCCCCGCGUUCCAGACCGCGUAUGGCGCUGAGGGCCGCGCGCUGCUAAUCCUGGCCGAGAUGACCUCCCAGGGCUCGAUGGCUACGGGCGCAUAUACGGAGCUGUCGGUGCGGGCGGCGAGGAAGCAUCGGGGUUUCGUGCUGGGGUUUGUGGCGACGAGGGCGCUGGGUGAGGUGUUGCCGGCGGCUGGCUCUGGUUGUGAAAAAGAAGGGGAGGAGGAGGAAGACUUUGUGGUCUUUACGACGGGGGUGAAUUUGUCGUCGAGCGGGGAUGCGCUGGGGCAACAGUAUCAGACUCCCGCGUCGGCGGUGGGGAGGGGGGCGGACUUUAUCAUCUCGGGCCGGGGGAUAUAUGCCGCGUCGGAUCCGGUGGAGGCGGUUCUGAGGUACCGCGAGGAGGGCUGGAGGGCGUAUCUCGAGAGAGUUAAGGGGUACCAAUCGUGA